AUGGAUAAGGGAAAAGAAAAGAGCAACGAAGCUGAAAAAAGGGCCAAACGCCUAAAACAUCAUAUGCGAAAAGCCGAAAAGCUUCCGAAUGCCACCAUCAUAAGGCUUGAAGAAGAUAGGGAAAGGGUCAUUGUCACCUACUCCAUGCCCAACACAGCACCAAUGGACAAGGAAACUCAUGAAAAUUUGAUCAACGAGUCCAGGGCUACAAAGGCUUACUGCAUGGAACAAGCCACUCGGCUUGCUAAAGAGAAAAUUCUGAUGAUGAAAAGGGCUAAUGAGCAAACAUCUUAUGAAGUUCCUCAACCUAGUGAACAAUCCUCUGAAGAUAUCACUAUGGUUCACUCUCGGCCCGUAACUCAGUCACCCGAACCCACUCUCUCACUUGAGGAAUCAGAUCAAAUCUGCGCGCUCGAUCAUCAUCCUCUCAUACAACAUAUCGUACGUCGAUCGAUCUGCUCCGAUCUUCAACGCCGCCGGUCACCCACCGCUCUUUCGUUCACCGAUCUUCGACGCACCGCCGACCACCGUCUGCUUCGCGACCGACCGACCGCCGUCUGCUUCGCGACGCACCGCCACACGCCACAGCCACGGCCACCCACCGCCGUCUGCUUUGUUCACCGCGACGUCGCACGCCCCCACCACGACCAGCCGCCAUCCCCGCCGGCGCCACUGCCGCCUCCCCAGCCGCCGAUCUGCAGCUAUGGCAUCACCAAAACGCUUGAGCGCUAUGAAAAUUGCAGCUUUAAUCCUCAAGAAAACUCCAUUGAGAGAGAAACACAGAACUGGUCCCAUGAAGUUAUAAAACUGAAGGCCAAGUAUGAAUCUCUUCAAAGAACUCAAAGGCAUCUACUUGGAGAAGAUCUUGGGCCACUCAGCAUCAAAGUUCAGAAUCUGGAAAAACAGCUUGAAAAUGCUCUUUCACAGACUAGGCAAAAGAAGACUCAAGUUAUGAUGGAACAUAUGGAAGAACUCCGCAGAAAGGUGACAAAACAUACAUUUCCUCAUUGUACUUAAUUGUUUGUUGAUUAAGGUACGAAACCUUAUCAUGUGUCUUGGCUAAUGAUUAAUGUUUGGUUUAUGCUGAUUGAAAAAACUGGAGGACUGGUAGUUCUAGCAGAAAGUUUUGGUCAUCCUGUUUUCAAGGAUUCAUUUAAGCGUGUAUUUGACAAUGGUGAAAAGUCUCUUGGUCUCUCAUUUAAGUGAGUAUCU